AUGGGGAACACGUUUGAUGUGUUCGCGGGCAAGUGCAACAACGCCGCAGCCACUGGGCUGCGAGAUAUCUCCGUGGCGGGGGCAGGCAAGGAGGCGAGGGUGAGUCUGUCGGGCAACUGCCUCACGCUCAGCGCGGAUGCGUAUUGCUCCUCCAACGCCACCCAGCGCAGCACGGCAGCCUGCCAGGCGUUCUGCAGCAUCACGGACAACGGCCCGUGUGACGGCCAUGGGGCAUGUGUGCCGCCUGCACCCGCCUCCCCCACCAACUUCACCUGCCUCUGUGAUGCCGGCUACUCUGCUCUCGACUCGGGCAACGGCUCUACCUGUGCCAUUGUCAACUCCACCACCACCACCACCAAUGAGAAGUGGGAGGGGCUGGAUGUGUGUGAGCAGUUCUCGCUGCAGCAGAUGGUGCGCGCCAUGGCCUCUCUCCACCACUCGUAUCUUGUUCGCCUGCUGGGAUUUUGCCUGGACCAGAACGUGGAGACGGGCAAGCAGGAGCAGAUCCUGGUGUACGAGUUUGUGGGCAACCGGGACCUGGAGUACCAUAUCUACAAGACAAAGAACCCGCUCUCGCUGCGCCAGAGGUUGCGCCUGGCACAGGGAGCAGCAGAGGGCCUGGCGUAUCUGCAUGGGUUUGAGACACCCAUCAUUCACCGCGACAUCAAGCCAGCCAACAUCCUUGUGACUGCCGACUUUCAAGCCAAGGUGGCUGACUUUGGGCUGCUGAAGCUUCUCACUCAUGGCGAAUCUGACGCCACCCGAGUGGCUGGCACUCCGGGCUACGUGGACCCAGAUUACAACCAAACCAGCAUCAUCACUGCCAAGAGUGAUGUGAACAGCUUUGGCGUCGUGCUUAUGGAGUUGCUCAGUGGAAUGUCACCUCAAGACACCAAUGAAGCUCACAUCAGAGAAUGGGCAAGAAAGAAGAUGGAGACGUUUCAUCUGGACGACCUCAAGGACAGCAGGAUGCCGGAGGUGGGCAAGGAGGCCAUAGUGGACAUUGCAGACCUUGCUCUGGACUGCAUGAAGUCCCCUGGCACACGGCGGCCCAGCAUGAAGGACGUGGCAUACCGCCUCACUGCCCUCAUUGAGAAGCACUGCCCUGAGAAGGAGGACAAUUUGGAGGGUACGGGGAAAGAAGAGAGUGCAAGCAUUGGAGGUCUGCCGUCGAGGAACAUUUCUUCUGUGCUGUUUGGAGAUGGUGGGAGGGAGUCUCAGAGGUCUACUGGCUCGCGUCCUAGUGCGAUCUCAUCCAUGAGCAUUGGCUCAAUGGCUGAUGGCGUCAGGAGCUGGCUGCAUCCGAAGCCCACGGGGGGUUACUGA